AGCAGACGCCGUAGUCUGCGUGCAAACGAUGGUUUAGCUCGACACGGUGAGGUUGCUUCAAGCGCUAUCGCAUCCCUCGAUCCCUACAUCACGCUGUGUUCUGAGGAAUAAUUUACAGUAUGUAAGUGUCAUCGGUGGCCACAGCUGUUUAGGAUGAUGCAUUUAAGCCGACUGUGCAUAUCUUCCCUGGUUUCGUAGUUCGCAAAGCAGCUCACAUAAUUUUAUUCGGAAUAUCCAAAUAGCUAAACACACGUUCGGCGUGCUGUAACAAGCAUCUGAAGCGCACAAUGAAGCAACUUCAGUGAACCAUACUGAAAGAGAGCGACGAUUCAGGUGUCAACUAAUCGUGAUGCCGGGCAUACUAUCACCGACGCAAGCUGGCCCAUGGCAAAUAGUUCUUAGGAAUGAAAGCCUUUGUGAAUGCGGCUCCAGCAGCCCGCAUCUACAGUCGAGGACCAGACGUGGGCAUUCGUAUAAGUGACGUUUGCAAAAGGCUGGUGAGUGAUUUUCAUACGGAGGUAAAACACCAUCGUGAAGAUUUACGAGCCCGUUGGAGACGCCUAUAGCGCAGGCGAAGAGUGGCGAGGAAGACCACUAUAGUCUCUUAUUCCACCAAACUCUUUGUAUAAACACGAAGCCAUUGUUUUGAACAGACUAGCAGAUCUCGGUCCCAUCGCAGCCAGCAAGGGCUAACAGCUAUGGUACCAUCACCUGCGAAGGGGCGCAGGCGAGGAAGGCAGCCAUCAGUUGCGAGUUUCAUGUUCGCGACUAUGGUAGUGCUGCUCCCCCUUUUCACUCGAGGGACCAGAGCAGAGAAUGCGCUCCCGACGGAAGUCCAUAAUGGCCAGGAUUCGGCAGGGAUGCCAUCGAUAGAUACAACCACCGACAAGCCAAAGGGAGAAAUUGAAUACGCGGGACUGAUGCGAGACAUGUUGGACUGUGGCCUCUCCAAGUUACCGAGGUCAUUGCUGAGAAAGUUCCUGCAAGCCGACGUCCAACCUGAGUGCAGCAUGGCGCUGCUUCGGACCUACAGAGCCAUCCUUAAGUUCGAGCCGUGGGCGCUGAGACUGUUCGACGCUUCUGGGAAGUUCCCCACGGGCCUGCUCCAGGGCUCGCACAUGGACGCCGGCGCCUUCGACGAGUGUCUGGAGACCGUGAUCCACCACGAGAACCGUGACGUGGUCUCGCGGGGACAGUACUGCAAUCUACUAGCUUACUCCAACAACGGCACUGCCACGAAAGACGCCAUCGAGUCGUUCUCGGACAACUUGCACCCGAAGAUUCUCUUAUUCAAGGAUUACUAUUCGGUUGAAGACGUGCCUAUUACUCGCCUGGGAAUUUGCUUCACCGACGAAUGCAGCCGCGACGAUUUGCAGGCGCUGGUAAACGUAGUGAAGCCACCACUAGUGCGCAUUGAGGUGUCGAACUGUGUAACGGCAGAGCCGCAACCUUGGGACACAGCACAGAUAGCAAUCGUGGUAUUUUUUGGAAUGCUACUAGUGAUUAUCAUAGGAGCUACAUGCCUGGACGAGUUAUUGAACAGCAAACCAAAGGACAAGAAGGAAAUGAGCACCCUGCUAGAAUUCGUCACGGCUUUCUCCGUCACUUCGAACACGCGCCAAUUGCUCAAGGUGGCUGACAAGACUCACAGCGAUGAUUACAAUCUUCAGUUCUUGCAUGGAAUGCGAUUCUUCUGCUGCAUACACAUCGUGUUGGGACACUACUACACGGGUGUCUCGGACACAUGGUCACGUGUACUGAACUUAUUGAUCACUUCUGACCAAUGGCCGCAACUGAUUGCAACUGCAAUGUUCAACAGCGUGGACACGUUCUUCUUUCUCAGCGGUUUCUUUCUCUGCCUAACCACGAAUAAACAGAACAAAAGCGGGUUCCUUGUAUUCCUCACCAACGUCGUUAGGCGGCUGAUCAGGUUUAUCUCCCCUCUGCUCUUCGUCGUCAUGUGCUUGUACCUGCUUCCGCGCUUCGUCACUGGUCCCGACGUCAAGGCAUUCUUUUUAAAGUUAUAUGACGACAUCGACAGACGCUGGUGGCAAUUUCUCCUCCAAAUAAGAAACUUUUAUGGAACCGAUGUUGGGCAUCUAGGCGGAAAGGAGCGCUCAGGUGGAGCAAUUUCCGGCCUAGACAACCAAGAUAAUCCUUCCCUCGGCUACAUUGCGACACCACCGCCACCGCCCUCACCGCUGUUGCACAUGUGGUACCUAUCGGCCGAUUUCCAGCUCUUCCUGGUCUCUCUAUUGGUGGUGUCGAUAUUCAAGAGUCGCAGGGUACCGGCUGUGAGCGCGUUCGUCGUGCUGUCGGUAAUUUGCUGCGCCUUCGGAACGUGGGUCGUGGCGAGUUCUGAUGUGCUUCCGUUCAUCGUAUUCCCUGGUCCCCGCCUAAAGGCAAUGAUCAAUACGUUCGACGAAUACUAUCUCCGCCCUUAUUAUCACGCCGUGUGCUACUUCAGUGGCUGCAUAGCAUUCCUUCUCGUGGAAGGUUUCAGGAAGCGCAAAAUUGCCAAGAUUGUGCAGUUUGCGGGCUGGUGCGUGUCUGUCAGCUGCGGUCUCGCCUCCGUGUUCGCUAAGCUUCCCUGGUACCGCAGCGCGAACCCGGCUUCGGAAGGCGUAACCCUCGCUGCUUCAUUUUUUGACCGCAUCUUCUGGUCAGUCUUCCUCGUAUGGAUCACGCUGGCGUUUUCAUCAGGCAGAGGUGGGGUUUUGAGCAAGUUCUUGUCCUGGAAUGCCUUUGUGCCCCUGAGCAAGCUGUCGUUUUGCGUCUACCUCAUUCACUUUCCAUUUAUUCAACUCAUGCUGAACGCGUCCAGGGAACGCAUAUUCUGGUCUCAUUUCAAUGCGAUCACGCUGUGGUUCGCUACGCUCGUUUGGAGUUUCCUGCUCGCCUAUGUUGCGUUCCUGGCGUGCGAGGCACCCUCAACGACGCUGUGUAGGCUCAUCUUCGGCAAGCUUAUAGGGAGGCAAAGUGCACCUAAUCGGUGGCCUCCAAAAGAACCUGUACAGAGCGACGCUAAGCAAGAGAAGACAACAGAAGGCGUCAUUUCUUCGUGUUGCUAACCAUGCAAAAGGAAUCUCAAGCACUGUUAUACACACAGUGACUGUUUCUGUGAAGCAGUGCGCUCAUUUCUGCUAGAAGAGACGGAAGUUGGGUGUCUGAUAGUGCACUGUUGCAAAGAAAGAGCAUGAGUAUGUUUACGACACUCGUAUGCUUACUGCAUCUCCAAUAGAAAAAGCCGCAAUCAUUCUCAGCGGCAUGUCAGUGCCUACGACAUUGUGCGGCUGAACACUGUGCGCAUGCCAAAUGUCUCAAGCACUUUGGUUAAGACGAUGUUAAGGGACCCCAGGUGGUGACUUUUAACUUAGCGUUUCAAUAAAGCGUCUUCAAAGCACAGA